GAACUUUCGGGCGUCCAGUGCUGAUAUAAGUGAGCGCCGAGCUUGAUGUCUCUUGGUUAUUCUCCUCACCCUCCGUCGCUAGUUCGUGGCUAGAACGAGCUGGGAGAACAGCUUUAUAGCGAGGUCAACGCCUGCUAGUUGUGGGCAGUACCGUUUUGUUUCGGACGUUGAAAGGCUCACUGACUCCAUUGUGCAUUGAAUGAAAUGGCACAAUAGAAGCGCAGCGGUGUAAGCUAAGCAAUACCGUGCAUUUCAUCGCCCGCAGAGCACACACACAGUGCUCAAGGAGAUGGCUGACGCUGAUGACGAGGGUCAGACCGGAGAAGAGAGAGGAUUACGUUCGUUACCGGUCUCGAAUGCUCAGGCUUGGAGCACGGACCCGGCAGCGGAUUCUCUAGUCCGUCCACCGGAUAGUGAGCCGUCCGAGUUUCUCAGGCCACUGCUGGAUGAGGAAGGGCCCGAAGCUGCUGAUGCACCGCGCAGAACACAUGAUGCUGAUGGUGAAGUACCAAGCGGCACCGUAAGCCCGCGUGACGAAAAUGUCUUCUCCGAUGGAAGGCACACAUCGGUGCAACCCAGCAGCAGCAGCAGCAGCAGCAGCAGCAGCAGCAGCAGCAGCAGCAGCAGUGAUGAAAUUACACUAAGAACAGUCCUGGGACAUAUCAAUCAGAGAAGAAACCCCGGGAAUGCUGACACUCCACUGCCAGAUGCCGGUGGCGAUGAGACUGAACGCAACACCGGCAAUUCACCACAAAACCCAACCGGAGCUCAAAACUCGGAGCCGAGGACAUCACCAUAUCCAAGAGAGGCACUCUGGAGCUUGUGUGGGAAGCCGCCGGACACAACUGGGAAGCCGAACACAAAUAUAAAGGCGUUUGAGAAGUAUCUCACUGAAAGGAAGGAGCACAUGGAUGAGCUGCUGGAAGACAUCGGAAAGAACUCUAUCCUCGAACGGCUUAUUGAGCAGAAUCAGCCAGAGAAGCUGAAGAAACUUCUUGAAACCUGUGAACCACUGGACGCAAACACUGCCGACGACAACGAUGGCGAGACACCGCUGCAUAGGGCUGUGCAGAAAAACCGACCAGAGUGUGCGUGUGUGCUAGUCGAGUGUCGCAUGUCGAGACUGGCCAAGAAUCGUGGCAUCAGGACGGACCAAACAUCUGCUGGCGGCGAUGCUCCACGUGCCUACAUUAAAGACGUGGAACCAAAAGAGGACCAGAUAUUGUUCUAUCUACCAAUGGAGAUCGUUGAGGCCUACCAGGAAUUGGAAACGGCGCCUUAUCGCGAGAAAUUGCGCGUCCAAAAUGAAGAUGGUGUAAAUAGGAAGCCUCAGCUGAUUGACAAGAUGAAGGUCAUCAGGGGAUGGAUGUCUCGUGUGGAGGACCUGAUGGCUAACCCUCCUGCGCCAAAGCAGCCAUUGCGCAGACGUAUAUGGCCAACAGCCCAGAAGAAUGCAGAUGAUCCGCUUGACAAGAAGUACAGUUACGUCCUGGAGUCAUGCAGGAACAUGCUUGUCCGAUUGUGCUACCUCUGCUUCAACAAGGGCUCAAGAACUAUUCUGCAGCACGCUUUGCUGACUGGUCUUCACAAGGACAACGUCAAAACGCUCGCCGAGAUUGUCGGCCGUUGCCCUCACCCUCACCGCCAACGCCCACAGUGUGAGCUGAAAUGGCUAGAUGACGGAAUGGGCCUGCCAUCCAGCACGUACGAACAGGCACGUGUGGGGCAGCGGUCCUGGAUUGAGCGGUGUAUUCUCCUCACUGUCAUGGUGCGAAUGGCAGUAUUCAAUGAGCACCGACACCUGCACUAUAUAGCAUCUGGAGCAAAAGAUCUAAAGACUGAACAGUGCAAGAAGUGUCUGAAGACCUGGCAGGAGCUGUAUGAGAAAUUCAAGGAGAGGGACGCCAAAGAAAACACCCGCACAGCCUUGAAAGCAGCUCAGAGUCAUGGAGAUGGCAGUAGACUGGCAUUUUACUUGCUCCUCUGCCAGUCCCAACAUCAAUCCAAGGAUUCCGGCACAACGCUGAACUGGGAAGAAUGCGGCAUCACUGAUCUCACUUGGAAAAAGAUUGAAGACCUGUGUGAAGAGAAUGAGUUUCCGCGCUCGACUAUGGAUGUGUUGCAAAGGAAUGUGAACAACGUUGACAACGUUGAUCUUAGCAAAAACCGAGAACUAACGAUGGUUCCAGGUGUUGUGUUUCGUGUCCAUAAUUUGACAUACCUCGACUUGUCCGACACUCGAGUCACACACGCUAAUCUUCAAGCCAGCGCCAAAAUCUUUAACCAGCCACACUUAAUGUUCCUCCACCUAUCUGGACUGUUAUUGACAAAAUUACCGGAAGACUUGGUGAUCACAAAGUCACUCAAGGACCUCGCCUUGAGCAGAAACAAGCUGACUCGCCUGCCGGCCGCCAUCUACUCAAGUCACAUUUGCAAGCUGGACCUCUCUGACAACCACUUCGUAAAGUUGGACGACAAUAUUGGUGAUAUGAAGUACUUGGUCAAGUUGGACCUCAGCUCGAACCGGUACUUGAAAAGUCUGCCACCAUCUCUUGGGUACUGCUCAGUUGAGAUUCUCCUUGAAGGCACAAGGAUCCAGACCAGAAAUGCCCGGCCAGGAAAUGAGUGGGAAAACGCAGGCAAGGAUAUCAUCGAGUAUUACGAAGUCAAGCAGCGCCACGGCGUGGGCAAGGUGCUGCUUGUCUACACAAGCCUAGAGGUAGCAGAUGCCGUCGAAUUUGUGAAAGAGAAGUUGGAAGCCAGGGCCCGGGAACUGGAUUCUGACUGCCCCAUGGCUGUUCUGGAUGGUGGAACACCAGAGACACUGCUCCACACAUCUCGUCUGCUCUGUGACAAGUAUACCAAGUUUGUCAUUGUCUACGACGAAGAAAGAGAUUUGAAAGAAGCGGAGAAGGUGGUGAAAGCAAGCAGCCAAGCGAGCGAACCAUUACUUGUGUGCAGGGUACAAGUUGGCGAUCUGGAAGCCGACAAGCAGCAUGAAGACGAUCUGGUUUUGAAGAAGUCUUCAGAAGGACCCGGAUUACACGACAGAUCAACGUAUACCUUUGAGGAUCUCACCCACAAGGUUUUCCCAAAGCCGAUAGACAAAGGUCACAGCAGCAACAGCCAUGUCCACAGCAUGAGAGUUCCAAAACUCUUCUGCAGUAUCCACAAGUGGUUGGUCCCCACCACCGAAGACAGGCGGCCUAUGUUCCUUCCAGAAGACGAUUUCAAGCAGAAACUCAACGAUUUGGAGGAGGCUGAGCUGAAACGCAACAAUUUGGAGCUGAAACCGACAGUCAAGCCUGAGCAGUAUUACAGAAACCUGUACGACUUUCUUCUGGCGUGUGGUGCAGCAGUUCGUUUGCCGGACAUGUCUGAUACGGAACCGGUUGUGAUCUGCACAAAUCUUAAUGGUCUUUCAGAGAUCCUUGCUUAUGCUAGCCACCGUCACCAAUCACAUGACGUGCAAGGAAUGUUCGCGCCACCUACGGCAAACCGAGAGGAAAGUGACCGGCCUCAUUUGGAACGGUUCAUUGGUACAGACCAAGACAACGAAUCCAUCGAGCAAAGUCCUAUACUAUUCAGUAUCCUGCAAAGUCUAGACCUUGCUUACUUGCUCCCCAAUGGCUCCCAGUAUGUGCCAUUAUGGGCAAAGCGGCAGAAUGAUGAUGAUUCCCUGGCACUUCUUAGGAAAGGCGACACACUGUUCCACCGGGAAUACAGUGUCGGGCAGCAGCAGCCACAGCAGCACCAGCAGCCACAGCCUGAGCAACAGCAGCAGCCACAGCAGCAUCAGCACCAGCAGCCACAGCAGCAGCAGCACCAGCAGCCACAGCCACAGCAGCAGCAGCAGCAGCAGCAACAACAGCAGCAGCACCAGCAGCAGCAGCAUCGGCGGCAGCGGCCGCAGCAUCAGCGCCAGCAGCAGCCACAGCAGCAGCACCUGCGCAAUGAAGAGUGGCCGCCACGCGGAGCAUCUGACAACUUCCAAUUAGCAUGCAGCAGACAUCGGUUCCUCUCUUUUGCAAAGCUGCUAUUGGGCAAUGCUCUGAGUCAGCUGCCAAUGCUGAUAUUCUUGAGUGGAGUCAACGAAAGACACCAGGAAUGGGCUAUUGAGACUUGGCAGCACGGCUUUCGUGUGCAUGAGCGUGGUGCAGACAACACACUGUUUGGUAUUCACUACAAAGACAAAGCCCUCAUCAAGGACUGCAUGGUGCACAUCUGCUGCUCUAAGACAUCGUACAAGGCCAUGUCUCUGCUCUCAGAUCUGGCUGUACAAAGUUGGCAAGAGAAAGUACUGAUGGUGGGUAGAGCACCACGCGGUGGCGCUACACCUGCCUUGCUUGUGCACAUGAAAGCUAACGAUUGUCUUGACAAUGGUGCUCGCCAGGAUAGCUCAUGCAAACCCGAGACUCUCUUCGGGCAAGAAUCCAAGGAAAGGUUUACCUUCUGCUCCAAGCACUGCAUUGAAUACCAGUAUAUGUUUUCUGACAUCCUCAUGACCGACUUUCCAGCCGAUGUCCAGAAACUGCAGCCGGAAGAAAGCAAUAGAAUUAUGAAAUGUGUGGAAGAGGGUAACAGCCUAGGCGAUGGUGCCUUUGGACGUGUAUACGAGACCACCUAUGACAACAAGAAAGCAGCUCUGAAGAGAAUUGAAGGUCCACACCGAUCACGUUAUGCGAGUACUUCUGAACGAAGGUCAGACCCCCUUCUGGCCCUGAGGACAGAGUGCUUUGUUCACCGCAGGUACAUGUACUUGUACGAUGCAGAUGAACGGCCUCCAUUUAUUAUCAGGCUCUUUGCUGUGUCUGUGUGUACACACACUCCUUUCUUCAUCAUGGAGAAGGCAGACACAUCCUUGAGCGAUUUCCUCACUCCAAGCACAGAAGCAUACAAAAAAGUGUUGUCUGAAGAGAUGAUCCAGCUCAGGGAGUCGUCAAGUACCAAGUCCAUUACCGUAUUGGAUGAUUCCCUGAUCCAGCUCAUUACGAUGCAAAUGUUUGCGGCUGUUGCUUUCCUGCAUCAGCUAGGAUUCAUGCACAGAGAUGUCAGUACGAAGAACUUCCUCAUCGUGAAGGCCGGCCGAGCUGAAGACGGAGAUGAAGUCACGCCGUUUGACAUCAUUGUCAAGCUAGCUGAUUUUGGCACAUCCAUAUUGCAGAGAGUGGGCUGCAGCAGGAAGUCAGAAGGGGCACAUGUGUACUUGGCUCCUGAGGAUCACCGCAUCUCAGGGUCAGAAGAGAGGAUCAAGACUAGUGCCAAGGAUGUGUACAGCCUCGGUGUCAUUGUAUUUGAGCUGCAUAUUCCAAUAGACAAGCAGUAUACUCUUGAUGAGCCACCUCCUCGUGCCCAGGCACAAGUUGAAAGAACGACUCGAGCAAAGCCUUUCGUUACCCAAAUGGCAAUGAAACGUGAAGCAAACAAGAACCGCUUCGGAUGCAAAGCGUGCAUAAUGGCCGCCAACAUGGCAGCAGAACAGGCUCCAAUCUCCCGACCUCUGGCUAAGUACGGCAUGGAGUUUGUGGCUAGCUUGGAAGCACAGCUGCUCAUCAACAUGAUGCAUGGGUCUGAUAUGGCGGCAAGGGGUUUGCAAAACACGGAUGCUAUCGCAAUCCAGCAAACCAAACAGGGUCCCACACCAGCUGGCCUUUUCAUGCUUUCGCCCGUCUCCAGCGGAGCAGCAAAUGAUGACGUGUCAAGCCGGACCGAAGCACUAACAGUGCAUCGGGUGCCCAUUGGCUGCGAAACAGAGCACACGGUCACAAUGCUGCCAGCAGACACAUUGCCACAAGAUGAUCGUAUAUGCCAUGUCUGGCAGCUCGAGACCGGCGAUGACAACCGCAUUAAAAUCGCUGUGGGCACCGAAAACACAGUGUACUUCUGGGAUGUAUCCGAAAAAGGCCUUGAUAAGAGCGUUAAAGUGAAAUCGCAUGGCAUCGCUUCACUCACCUGUGUUGCACAAGAAGCCGGUCAAGUUUUCAUCGGCGAGAGCAGGGGAUCUGUCAGCAAAUAUGCCGUGGAGGACCUAGUGAAAAAUGACCAGGACCCCGAACGGUCAAAGAUCAAGCGCGGUUGGUCGGUCAGAGAGAUUCUGCCUGUCUGCAGCCGUACCGACGGUGUGAUCACCACUUGGAUGGUCCUGGUUAAUCCAGAGGACGACAGCAUGUGCUUGGUGGUCGGCACGUGGACGCCAACUUGGCAGCCACAUAAUACCACCGAACUGCCAAACAAUAUUCUGCAAUGGCAGGGUCUGGUACUGGCGUUGUCGGAAGACGAAGAAAAGCGUCACGUGUGGGUAUGCACUGAAGAUAAAGCAAAUGCUUGGGCAGUCGCCGGUACUGAUAACCAGCCACAAAGUCAAGUGACUAUUCCAACGCUACGGCAUGGUGGCAGCGAUGACAGCCCAGCAGUGAAAAUGAAAAUGUGCAGCGCAGUGUGCAUCAAAGGUAUUCUCUAUCUGGGUGUGGGCAGUGGCCACAUCUAUCUCUACCUUGACAAGCCUCAGCUGCGAAACAAGCAGGACCAGCCGAUAGCGACACUGCAGGCCCACCGGAAGAACGUGUAUCACUUGAUCAAGUGCAACAUGUCAAAGAGCACUGAUAGUCCUGACCAGGAGCCAAACAGCGUGCUAAUCAGCAUUGGCGAGGGAAACAGAUUGAUCAACGGCAAACCCAAAGGCAGAACUCGCAAGGUGCGGCGCGGUGUACCCCUUCAGCCUGCAGCACUCACCAAUCGAGCUGAUCGUGAAUUGCGCAGGUCGAAUGACGAGAAAGCAGUCUUCAGUGCAGCAUUUGAUAGCAACCGUCCCGGAGGAAUAGGCAGCAUAGUCAACUUCCGCGGUGAGUUCAAUCCAACUGCCGAGGAGAGUGGUUCUCCAACUCCCAGAGACGGUGCUUCUCGAGCUCCCACUGACCGUGACCAAGACGAGACUACUCUUGGAGUCUGGAGAGCAGUUAGUGACAAAGAAAUCGAUACGAAGCUGAAGAUCAAGAAUUGGAUAGUGACGAAUAGCAGAGUCGAGCUAAAUCAAGAAGAGCAUGAAGCUACACCUCCUAUGUGGUAGUGAUCAAGGUGAGAGCGCUAACUGGCAGAAGUCACAGAUCAUAGGACGAGAGACUUGCCCUGAGCACGUCAUUGCAUUUCAAUGAUUUUUUUUAAUUAAUUCAAUGUGCACGGAAGUAACAUUUCUCUGCAGUGCUGUCGCCAUGCUCUCUCUCUCUCUCUCUCUCUCUCUCUCUCUCUCUCUCUCUCUCUCUCUCUCUCUCUCUCUCUCUCUCUCUCUCUCUCUCUCUCUCUCUCUCUCUCUCUCUCACCCCCCCCCCUCACUCACUUUCUCACUCCCCCGCACCUAGUGUUUCUGUUAGAGCGGAUUUGUUCUUUUCUUUUCAAGAUGACUGUCAUGCUUUGGUUCCUGCAAGUGCUCAGCUCUGUGCACAUCAGGCUGUUCUUUGCGUUACACCAAUCUCAAAAAGUGGACUGUCACAAUAAUUAUAAUCG